AUGUUGACCGCCUUCAUUGGUGAAGAAAAAUGGAAGUUUGAGAAGGCCAGGCAGCUGAAGAAAGCUCAAUGCAGAAAGGAGCACUCUCUAAAGAAAAAUGUUGUCAACAUGACAACUGAUGAACUCAUUGCUAUACAAACUGAGAUCAAAGGACUCAGUGAUGAAUUCAAUGUCUACCGCACUGAUUGGCUAGGAGCCAAGGUCAGAUUUUUCAAGUUGGUUGAAGGAUUCACCACCAGUGUUGCAGCCCCAACGCAACAUGAAUCUCCUCAGGCUGAAGCAUUUGCUCAGUCGACUGAAGAACAUGCCUGCACCGCUGAUGAAAAUCAGGCUGCUGAUGAAACUGCCAGUACCAGGGCUGAUGGCUCUAUUCCAGCCGCUAAUGAAAUUGCCAGGGCAACCACUAGUGUUGCGUCUGAAGAACAAUCCAGGCCAGCUGAGCCAUCAACCGCUGAGCCUGAAGAAACUGAACCAACCAGGCCAACUACAUCAGUUGUGCCUGAGUCCCGAGUGGACACUGAAGUUCAAAUGGGCUCUGACGAACCUCACACCACUCCUUCCAUUCCUGAAGAAAUUCCAGCCACUAGUGCUGAUGAAAAUGCUGAUGAAGAAAAGAAGACCCAGGCUGCAACUGAAGCAGAAAUUGAAAUUCCUCAGCCUGUGGUGCCUGAGAAUGUGAUUCCUGAGCCUCUGAUGACUUUGACUGAUACUCCUCAGCCCAAGUAG